AUGUUUCGCCGUCUUGAAAAAGGUCUUCCCAAAGACCCCAUCUACCCAACCGAUCUGAAGGGCCUUGGAUACUUUAUUAAUGAUGAAGACGAGAUCCGCAAUAUUGAGAAUCCAAGGGCCUACUUCAAGUUUUUCCUUACCAAGAACGAACGUCACAACUGCGUCCAGCGGGAGGCCAUGCAUGAGGCCAUCCGCAACAUUAUCUCCGAUCGUCUCCUCGCCCUUGGUCUCGAGAAGAUACGUCUACCCCUUGGCGCCGCAGCUGACCAGCCUCACCUCCCCAUUUUUGUCUCCAAGGACCUAGACAAGAAGAAGCAUGUCGUUGUGUUGUUCUACGAGCACACCCAAGACGUCGGCACCUUUGCUCACCGUGUCAUCGGUGCCAAAGGAGGUAUCAACGAAGGCUCGGCAGUCAACCUGGUGAAAUACAUCCAGGCCCAAGCUUUCUCAAAAGACAACACCGACUCCCCCGGUAUCAUCCUCGCCAACACAGGGCAACUCCGCUGGUGGGUUCGCGGCAAGAAAGCCGUCACUCAAACUUCCUGGUACUCCCUCCCCCAGAAGUCCGCCGUCGAGCCAGCCCUCCGCUUCAACCCCCUCCGGAACAGCAUCCCCGGCUCGACCACCACCUACGAGCACGUCGAGACCAUCUUCAACACCGUCAUCAAGACAAUGACAGCCCCAGACUCUAGGCUGUUCAUCAUUGGCGUCUCAGACGGCGCAGUCCAGGCCUCUGCCUUCAUGAACGCCAACUUCGCCACCUGGGGUCCACGCAUCGACGCCUUUGCAGCCCUCGCUUCCUACUUCCACGCUUCCGAGAUCACGAACCCGCACUUCGCAGACUUCAUGCGAUACCGUGCUCGCAUCUACGUACAGAGUCAGGACCCAGCCGGCACGUGGAUCUGCGGCGAGAAGGGCGACAAGAAGUUCCACGUCGACGCCUACGGCGCCCCGGUGUUCAGCUCAGGCGAGCCAUACUACUCCGAGACUAUGCUUAUCAAGGCUAGGACCCAGGUGGUGGAUUGGUUCAAGGUUGUUGCUGGUGAUGAAGCAUAUGGCAAUCCAGUGUUCACGCGGAUUGGGGGUGGGGGUGAGGAGGAAGAAGAAGAGGAGCCGGUUGACGCGCCGGCAUGGGAGAAGGGGGAGUGGGCUAACGGAGUGGGGCCUUGGACUGAUCGGAUCGAGAACUCUCAGGACGCUCUGAGAUUUAUGAUUGCCGAUGCGCAGAAGAACCCAGGAGAGGGUGCGGCGGUUGAGGAGGUUGAAGCGGCUGAGGAGACUGGGGAGGCUGAAUAG